AUGGCUGCAGAUUCGGAUGGGAGUGCUGGAGGACUCUUGAGUAUUUGGAACCCUGAAGUAUUCUCCUUAUCAGAGUGUUGCAGUAACAGAAAUUUUUUGCUCCUUUCAGGUACUCUGUUUAAUUCAUUUGAGUGUGUUUUCUUAAAUAUUUAUGCACCAAAUGAAGUGGUUCAAAGAGCUAAGCUGUGGGAUGCUAUCCUCAAUGUAAGAUCCUCUUUCCAAAAGCCUUGGUGCGUGGGAGGUGAUUAUAAUGAGAUAAGAGUUCCAGAUGAAAGAAGAGGAUGCACUAGAAGUUCCAAAGGGAUGCAGGAUUUUAAUAAUUUUGUUGAUCUACUGGAGUUGAUGGAUUUACCAAUGUUGGGUAGGAAGUUUACAUGGUGUAAUUCUGUGGACGGGGAUAGGUGGAGUAGAAUUGAUAGGUUUUUGUUGGACCCACUAUGGGUAGAAAACUUUAGUUUGAAGUUAUGGGGCCUUCCUAGAUUGGUGUCCGACCACUGUCCUCUAUUGCUUACGGAAGAAGAGAAAAACUGGGGCCCUAAGCCGUUUAGGUUCCUGAAUGCAUGGACCCUGCAUCCUAGCUUCUUGUCUGUUGUGCAAAAGUCCUGGUUGGAUUCGCAGGUUCAAGGGUGGGCUGGGUACAGAGCUAAGGCGAAAUUGUGUAGUCUCAAAGCUGAGUUGAAAAGGUGGAAUUCUGAAGUGUUCGGUUGUGUGGAGGACCAACUCAAAAAGGCUGAAGUUGAGUUGCAUGAGCUUGAUCUGUUGGCAGAAAUGGGGACAUUAGGUUCCCAUGAAGUUGCUAGAAGAAGGGAGGUCAAAAACUUGGUGUGGUCAUUUAGAAAGAAGUUGGAUUGGAUAUGGUUCCAAAAAUCUAGAGUAAAUUGGGCUCAGAAUGGUUGUGAACGUCUUCUUAUUUGCACAGAUAUGGCGGGUUGCUCCAAUAUCCACCCACAAUUUCUUGAGAUUGCUUACCAAAUUUGCUUCAGAGACUACUACAGCAAGAUUGAUGUCUGCCACGCCAUCGAAAAGAUAAAAAUCCUCUACUAUGUUGGCUUGUGCUGGGUUUCUGCUUGA